AUGACUCCCCUGAAGUUUGCUUUCUUUCUCGUGUCUCUUUCCUUAAGUUCAGCUCAGAGAUCAUCUACCUAUGUGUAUCAGGACACGGGUUUUUCUUUAGCCCAUGUUGGUGAUAACGUGACUCUGCGAUGUUUUUAUGAUAAACAAGRCACAGUGAUGGUUUACUGGUUUAAACAAAUUCUGAGACAAAAACCCAAUAUGAUUGYUUCUUUUUAUAAAUACGAUGCCCACAGCAGCUUUCACGAUGAAUUCAAGAACAAUUCUCGUUUUGCAUUGAAAGUAGAAAAUGGAGAAAGUCACCUUCAAAUCWCCGAUUUACACAUUUCUGACUCAGCGACUUACUACUGUGUAGGUAUCGAUGCACAGAAGUUUGAAUUUGGGGAUGGAGCUACGGUGAGUGUGGAGGGCUCAGGUUUGAACAUCGAAACUUCAGUCCACCAGUCMGAAUGUGAGACCCCUCAGCCAGAAGGUUCCAGGACCCAAACCUGUACCAUUCAAACCGGGACCUGUGAUGGGGAACACAGUGUUUACUGGUUCAAAAAUGCUGGGAAAUUCCAUCCAGGACUCAUUUACACCCAGAGAGGCAAAAAUGAUCAGUGUGAGAGAAGUCUCAGUGUACAAACACACAACUGUGUGUACAACCUGCCACCAAAGAGCCUAAAUGUGACCGACUGCGAGACUCAUUACUGUGCUGUAGCUUCAUGUGGACACAUACUGUUUUCAGACAAGUCAAAAAUGGAAUCUGCAGAUGAGCUGAUCUCUUCUGACUUUCUUGUAUAUUUAUUAAGUGGAGCUCUGACAACCAACAUCAUCCUGAUUGUUUGCAUGGUUUUCUCUGUGUACAAGAUGAAGCAAAGACUCCAGUGUUUCUGUACAGGUUAUUACUACUUUUCUCUUAAACUGUUUACUAAAACCAUUAUUAGUGUUACCAGGGAAUAG